AUGUAUUACUAAAAGAUAAAAGAAGAAACAGGGAAAAAGAUUAAAAGUUUAAAAAGAGCAAUAAAUAGAUUAAUUGUAGAAUUAUACCAAGAAGAUUAAAUUAAUAACUUAGAUUAAAAGAGUUUGAAACAGAUGAAUGAAAAGAGACUGCUAAUUGAUAGUUGUUCUUAGAUAAAUUAUUCAAUAAAGCAUGAGAUUGGUCUUUUAUUUCUAAAAGCGAACAUUUAUCAUUUUCUAGAAUAUAAUGAAUUAUCUGAUGAGAUUCUGAUUAUAUUAUAAAGAAACCCUGAUCUUAUUGUUUAUGAUGGAGUUUAUAGUACUUUAAUUAAACAUUGA